AUGGCUAAUGACGAUAUUGAUCUUAUUAUGCAAUUUAAUAUAAUGCAAAAUAACAUGCUCGAAGAAUGGUUUACUGAACCUCGAAGAUACAUGGCACAAGAAAAUCCAUUUGAUGUUUUAACUGAUAGACAGUUUAUGGGGACCUAUCGUUUAAGCAAAGUUCUUGUUGAAGAAUUAAUUGACAUAUUAUUGCCAUUUAUAAAAGCGUCAAACACAUUAAGUGUGCAAAGAAAGGUUCUCACAGCUUUGAGGUUUUAUGCAAGUGGGAGUUACCAACAGGAUAUAGGUGAGCAUAGAGGUGCAGCUCUCAGUCAAGCAUCUGUCAGCAGGUGUCUUACGGAAGUAACUGAAGCUUUGAAUAACCCUAGAAUUAUGAAUAAGUAUAUUCAUUUUCCUGCAAAUUUGUUAGAACUAAAUAUUGUUCGUCGAGGAUUUUAUGACAAGUAUUCAAUUCCUGGGAUCGUUGGAGUUAUUGAUGGAACCCAUAUAGCUAUUGUCCCUCCAAAGUCUGAUGAUGAACUAUACCCUGAGCAUAUAUAUGUCAACCGAAAAGGUUAUCAUAGUAUAAAUACUCAACUUAUAUGUGACUCAGACUUAAAAAUAUUGAACGUGUGUUCAAAGUUCCCAGGAAGUGCUCAUGAUAGCCAUAUAUGGCGUUUAAGUGUUGUGCAAGAUGUGUUAAGACAUUUACAUACUAUUGGACAGACAUCAUAUUUUUUGCUUGGUGAUUCUAGAUAUGGACUUAAACCAUGGUUGAUGACACCGAUAUAUGAACCCCUAGAAAAUAGUCCAGAAGCACGGUAUAAUAAGUGGUUCGGUAAAACCAGAUCAAUAAUUGAGCGUUGCAAUGGUGUGUUGAAAAUGCGUUUCAGAUGCCUUUUAAAACACAGAGUUCUCCAUUACUCGCCAGAAAAGGCAGCUAGUAUUAUUAACGCAUGUGUAAUAUUACACAAAAUUUGUAUCACAAAUAAUUUACCAUUAGUAAAUAUUGAGGAAAGAGAAGAUAUUGAUUUAGGCAUAUAUAAUGAUUUACCAGUAAUUAAUUAUGUGAACCAAAUUAAUCCAGAACUUACAGCAGGAAAAAGAUACCAACAACAAAUUAUUUCUAGAUACUUUCAAUAA